CCGCGAUGUGCCACUCGGCGCCUCCCCCGCCGGGUCGGGGUUGCACGGCGGCCGGGCGGCCCUGGUAGCCGGCGAGCGGCGCGGAGAAGGGGAGCGCGGCGCGCGAGUCUCAUUGUUGGUGGGGUGUUGGGGGGGGUUGCCCGUCGGGGCAUGAGGGCGAGAGCACGGCGGGGGGGGCGGCCAGACAGAGCGAGCGAGGAGGAGGAGGAGGACGCCGAGGAGGAGGAGGAGGAGGAAGGAGGAGGCAAAGAAAAGAAGCGGCGGCGGCGGCGGCGGCGGAGGAGGGGGCGAGGAGGCGCGCGGCCCCCGCUCCCUCCCUCCCCCCCCUGACCCCCGACCCACGCCGGCCGGCCCCCAGCCCCAGCCCCGGAGGGAGCUCAUGGGAGUAUGAAGGAGAUGGUAGGAGGCUGCUGCGUAUGUUCGGACGAGAGGGGCUGGGCCGAAAACCCGCUGGUCUACUGCGAUGGGCACGCGUGCAGCGUGGCCGUCCACCAAGCUUGUUAUGGCAUCGUCCAGGUGCCAACGGGACCCUGGUUCUGCAGGAAAUGUGAAUCUCAGGAGCGAGCAGCCAGGGUGAGGUGUGAGCUGUGCCCACACAAAGACGGGGCAUUGAAGAGGACUGACAAUGGAGGCUGGGCCCACGUGGUGUGUGCCCUCUACAUCCCCGAGGUGCAGUUUGCCAACGUCCUCACCAUGGAGCCCAUCGUUCUGCAGUACGUGCCUCAUGAUCGCUUCAACAAGACCUGCUACAUCUGUGAGGAACAGGGCCGGGAGAGCAAAGCCGCCUCAGGAGCCUGCAUGACCUGUAACCGCCACGGAUGUCGACAAGCUUUUCACGUCACCUGUGCCCAGAUGGCAGGCCUGCUGUGCGAGGAAGAGGUGCUAGAGGUGGACAACGUGAAAUACUGCGGCUACUGCAAGUACCACUUCAGCAAGAUGAAGACAUCCCGGCACUCCAGUGGGGGAGGAGGAGGAGGUACAGGAGGAGGCGGCGGCGGUGGAGGAGGCAGCGGCAGCGGUGGUACCAGCAGUGGUGGAGGUGGCACAGGGGGAGGUGGCAGCAGCGGCAGCAACAGCUUCCUUACUGGCAGGAGAAGCCGGUCCGCCUCGCCAUCUACCCAGCAGGAGAAGCACCCUGCCCACCACGAGAAGGGCCAGAAGAAGAGUCGAAAGGACAAAGAGCGCCUUAAACAGAAGCACAAGAAGCGGCCUGAGUCCCCCCCCAGCAUCCUCCCCCCGCCUGUGGUUCCCACUGCUGAUAAGGUCUCCUCAGCUACUACUUCCUCCCACCAUGAGGCCAGCACUCAGGAGGCCGCUGAGAGCAGCAGGGACUCGAAGGGGAAAAAGUCUUCCAGCCAUAGCCUGAGUCAUAAGGGGAAGAAACUGAGCAGUGGGAAAGGUGUGAGCAGUUUUACCUCCGCCUCCUCCUCUUCCUCCUCUUCCUCUUCCUCCUCCUCUGGGGCCCCUUUUCAGCCUGCAGCCUCAUCUCUGCAGAGCUCUCCUGACUUCGCAGCAUUCCCCAAGCUGGAGCAGCCUGAGGAAGACAAGUACUCCAAGCCCGCGGCCCCCACUCCGCCAGCCCCUCCCUCACCCACGGCCCCGGAGCCCCCAAAGGCUGACCUCUUCGAACAGAAGGUGGUCUUCUCCGGCUUUGGACCCAUUGUGCGUUUCUCCACCACCUCCAGUUCCAGCCGGGCCCGAGCCCCCUCACCCGGAGACUAUAAGUCUCCCCAUGGUUCCGGGGCCGGGGUCUCAGCGGGCACCCAUAAACGGAUGCCUGCACUGAGUGCCACCCUUGGACCUGCCGAGGAGGCCCCUGAGACAGGCCUGAAGGAGAAGAAGCACAAAGCCAGUAAGAGGAGCCGACAUGGGCCAGGCCGACCCAAGGGGAGCCGAGGCAAGGAGGGGUCCACAGGCCCAACUGCCUCCCUCCCUUCGGCUCAGUUGCCUGGCUUUACUGCCACUGCUGCCUCACCCUUUUCCGGGGGCUCCCUGGUCAGCUCCGGACUCGGGGGUCUGGCCUCCCGGACCUUUGGGCCUUCAGGAAGCUUGCCCAGCUUGAGCCUCGAGUCUCCUCUGCUGGGGGCAGGCAUCUAUACCAGUAAUAAAGACCCCAUCUCUCAUGGUGGAGGGAUGCUGCGGGCUGUCUGCAGCACCCCACUCUCUUCCAGCCUGCUGGGCCCCCCGGGGACCUCAGCCUUGCCCCGCCUCAGCCGUUCCCCCUUCACCAGCACCCUCCCACCCUCUUCUGCUUCCAUCUCCACCACUCAGGUGUUUUCUCUCGCCGGCUCUACCUUCAGCCUCCCAUCUUCCCACAUCUUUGGAACCCCCAUGGGCACUGUUAACCCCCUCCUCACCCAAGCUGAGAGCAGCCACACAGAGCCAGACCUAGAAGACUGCAGCUUCCGGUGUCACGGGACCUCCCCCCAGGAGAGUCUCUCAUCCAUGUCUCCCAUCAGCAGCCUCCCUGCACUCUUCGAGCAGACGGCAGCAGCGCCCUGUGGGGCUGGCCAGUUAGACUCCACGGCCCCUGGAACAACUAAUAUGGAGCAGCUGCUGGAGAAGCAGGGUGAUGGAGAGGCUGGCGUCAACAUUGUGGAGAUGCUGAAGGCCCUGCAUGCACUGCAGAAGGAAAACCAGAGGCUGCAGGAGCAGAUCCUGAGCCUCACAGCCAAGAAGGAGCGACUGCAGAUUCUCAAUGUGCAGCUCUCCGUACCCUUCCCCGCCCUGCCUGCUGCCCUGCCGGCCACAAAUGGCCCUGUCCCAGGGCCCUAUGGCCUGCUCCCUCAAGCCGGCAGCACUGACUCCUUGAGCACCAGCAAGAGUCCUCCAGGGAAGAACAGCCUUGGCCUGGACAAUUCCCUGUCCACGUCUUCCGAGGACCCACACUCAGGCUGCCCGAGCCGCAGCAGCUCAUCGCUCUCCUUCCACAGCACGCCCCCACCGCUGCCCCUGCUCCAGCAGAGCCCUGCUACUCUGCCCUUGGCCCUGCCCGGGGCCCCCGCCCAGCUUCCGCCUCAGCCACAGAAUGGGCUGGGCCGGGCACCCGGAGCAGCGGGGCUGGGGACCAUGCCGAUGGCCGAGGGACUGUUGGGUGGGCUGGCGGGCAGCGGGAGUCUGCCCCUCAAUGGGCUUCUGGGGGGGUUGAACGGGGCUGCUGCGCCCAACCCCGCGGGCUUGAGCCAGGCUGGCGGAGCCUCAACCCUUCAACUGCCGGGUUGUCUCAACAGCCUGACAGAACAGCAGAGACACCUCCUUCAGCAGCAAGAGCAGCAGCUCCAGCAGCUCCAGCAGCUCCUGGCCUCUCCACAGCUAACCCCAGAGCACCAGACUGUGGUGUACCAGAUGAUCCAGCAGAUUCAGCAGAAACGGGAGCUGCAGCGGCUGCAGAUGGCCGGGGGCUCCCAGCUGCCCAUGGCCAGUCUGCUGGCCGGAAGCUCCACCCCGCUGCUGUCCGCAGGCACCCCUGGCCUGCUGCCCACAGCAUCAGCCCCACCCCUGCUGCCUGCUGGAGCCCUGGUGGCCCCUUCCCUCGGCAGCAAUACCAGUCUCAUGGCUGCGGCAGCUGCGGCCGCAGCAGUAGCAGCAGCCGGCGGACCGCCAGUCCUCACUGCCCAGACCAAUCCCUUUCUCGGCCUUCCUGGGGCAGAUGCCAGUGGGAAUGGCCCCAAAGGAGGGACUGCUGACAAAGGAGCCUCAGCCAGCCAGGAAAAAGGCUAAUGCUACCUGGCCCCUCCUGAUCCCUACAUGGCUUGAGGGUCCUUGCCUGGAGUGGCACCUGGGCCCAGACUCUGGAGAGCCAGGCCCAGAGCCUGUGCAGAUUCCCAGGGAGUAUGUGGUGGGCGUUCCAGGUGCUGAGGAGAGAAACUGGAGGAGAGCCCUUCCACCGGGCCCAUGCCCACACCGCACUGGCUGCUUCAGGAGAGAGGAUCGGGGAGGCCAGGCUCCAAGCCUGCCCAGGAGCCCCAUCCUCUGCAGAUGCCUAGGGCCCCCCAAAGAGCAAAGUAGGUCAUGGCAUAAGUAGAGGGUUGGUUGGACCUACAACAUGAACCAAUCAGCACUUGAAUGGGGAAGGUGAAGGGUGGGCCCCGGGCCUACCUGUGUGUGGAGAUUCCUUAUGGAAAAAGGGCUGGUCCCGCAUGACCUUUAGUUUCCUCCCAGCAGAAGGGAUCUAUCCCUUUGACUGUUUCUCAUCAUCCCUCCCCACUGAGGGUCACAAGCUGAGCUUGGAAAAGCCUACAGAUGUGGGGGGCUGAGGAAGGGCAGGAUAGCACCUCUUGGCCUCAUGAUGGGGCUGGGCGGGGGAAGUCCCUUGCUGUCCUUGGUGUCCUGCCCCUUUUUGCACUAUUGGCUUGAGGAGUGCCGAGGGUGGGGAGAGGGAGCUGCCUGACUCCACAGAGCGUGUGUGUGUGUGUGUGUGUGUGUGUGUGUGUGUGUGUGUGGAAAAGAGAGAGAGAGAGAGAGACAUCAGUCUUUCUAACCUGUCUGUCACUUCUUCCUCUGGACCUGGGGCAGCAAAGGGCAAGGACAGGAGCAAUGGUCAGAACCAGAGCAGGAGCUCAGAGCUCUUGUACCUGGUACCUUCUCACCAACUCAGGUCCUUUUCCAGGGCAUGAAUGGUUAACUUUAAAAAAAAAAAACAACAAAAAACAAAAAAACAGAACAGAACUCCAGUAUUGGAGAAUUCCUGUGGGCUGGGGCUCUGAAUCAGGGUAAUACCCUACCUUCCCUCCCUUGGACCCCACUCCAUCUCAGGGCCCCCUCAGGGCCUCCUCCCCUCACUGGUAGUUUGAUCUUUCCUGGCACAAGAGAUGAGGGGAGGGGUAAAGUGCCACUUGUUUUCAGCAGAAGUCUCCAACUCAGCAGUAGCUAGCCUGCCUCUUGAAUCCUACUCUCACCAGCUAGUAGAGCCACUUAAGCUAACAACUGUCCCCUUAACCCAGCAGCUGUUUUCCAGGGUGUAGUAACGGGUGGCAGUCCAUCUGCCCAGGGCCAUUACGAAAAGCGUGGAGUGGGACGUGGGAGCACAGCCACGGAAGCCUGUGUCUCUUUCGGUUGCACUGGCUGGGACUGAGGGUCAGUUCCAGUUUUCCCUAAUGCUCAUACCUGUGGGUCUCUUUGCAUGUGUGCAUUUUUGGUGUGUUUCUGUUUGGGUUUUGUUGUUGGGGUUUUUUUGUUGCUUUUUUUUUUUUUUUUUUAAAUAAAAGAUGUGUAUAUUUUUGGCAAUGACAGAAAUGUAGUGCAGAUAUAUUUUUGCCUGUGCUGCUCAAUUUUUUUUUUCUGAUCUGAGAAAUAAUAUUAAUAUUCCUGUUGAUAAGACUGUAAGAUGAUAGGUUGGACUGGGGACCUUCAGAGGCAAACUCUUCAGCACUUGAACGGGCUCUGGGGGGCAGUUGUGAUGACCUCAGAAACACUUUUUGUAACGGCUCAGUAUCAGAGAGACCUCAUCUUCAUCUUUUCAGCUCUUUAACUCCUUGUCGACAAGCCAGUGAGUUCUUGAGAUUUUUAGACAGCGGCUCACUUAUCCAGGCUCAAACCCCUGCCCCAGCCACCGUUGAGAAUCACGCAGCCUCUGUUGUGUCAGGGAAGGCCCGUGCAUGUCGAGCAGGAGGGCUCAGUGCCCUGGACCCGAUGCUGCCCAGCCCCGGCCACUCUGACCUCUGGAACUCGGCUCUCAACUUUCUUGAGCUCUUUUUCCUACUCUGGGCCAGGGUGCCCUUAGCAGGUAGUCAGGUUAAAUUUGCAGGGAGCUCUAGGCCUUGCAUGAAUUGGUGUUGCUCCUUUUUUGGGGGGCAGGGGUUGGAUUUUUCAAGACAGGGUUUUCUCUUCUGUAGCCCUGACUGUCCUGGAACUCACUUUGUAGACCAGCCUGGCCGGGAGCUCAGAUCCUAGAGGUGGGCCGGUGGAGGUGCUGCUCCUUAUACUGAGCUAUGAGGGAGGUUGUGGCUCUUCUGGUGCAGCCUCACAAGUAGAACCAUGACAGUCCUCAAAAAGGGAGCCGGAUGCUGCAGAAUGGCUCUGAUGACCUCAUGGCUUCCAGCCUUGGUCCGUCCUUUUUUGUUCGUUUUGUUUUUUUGAGACAGGGUUUCUCUGUGUAGCCUUGGCUGUCCUGGUCUCACUUUGUAGACCAGGCUGGCCUCAAACUCACAGCGAUCCUCCUGCUUCUGCCUCCCUGAGUGCUGGGAUUAAAGGUGUGUGCCAUUGGUGUGUCUUUUGAUAGCUUGGUAGAGUGAGGGGAAGGGUGCAGAUUUGGGGCCAUCUCUGUCUGGGUGGGGGAGGAUGUGGUUUGCAGAGCGGAAGUGGAGUCUGAGAAUGCAUGAGUGAAUCUUAAUGUCACCACCCUCAGAAGAGAUGAGUGAGUAUCGCAUGCUUUGCCUGUGCCCACCGAGGGCUGUAGGGGGGUCAUGGCUACUCAGCUGUAUUUAGGGGUCCUUGGAGCUGGCUGUACAGGUGACUGCUCUAAACCUAGGAGGGACAGGUACCCAGUGACAGCAGUGAUGAGCCUCCGUUCCCGGCCUCUGGACAUUCCUGUCCCACUGCCCAGCCUUUUAGCUGCAGCUGGUUGUCUGGCUGUCCGUGUGUGUGUGUGUGUGUGUGUGUGUGUGUGUGUGGUGGCAUGGUUUGGAGUGUAGGGUUGUGAGUGUAGGGUCAUGACUGUGGUGAGAAGGUAUCUAUAUAGCACUGUCUUAGCCCUGAGCUGAUGAAUCCUCUCCAUAGACAAUGACACUUUAAGGGUUGCCUUUAAAAAAGAAUGAGUUGUAUCUCUCUUCCCCCCUCCUUCAUCCCAGCUUGUGGGUGUCCCCCUUAGGCUCCUUGGUCUACUGCUGCCCCUAGGUAGCCUGAUCUUGAGGCUGGUGACCCGUUCCCUUUCCUGGGUUGAGACCCAGGGAAUGCCCACCCUAGACUCUUAGGAAGGGCCUAGAAAAGAGGGGAGCCCAAAGAAAGGCUAGCAUUCACAUUUUCCUUUCUCAGACUGGAAAUGCUGACAGGUUUUCAAAGACAGACUCCCCGUUCCAGUUUCCAUCAUCCUUAAGAGUGCCGUGGGCCAAAGGGAAUAAUAGCUGGUUCCUAGGGAGAGGUGCCCAAUAGGGUGGAGGUAACUUAACCCAGAUCCUGGAAGAAGGCAGGGCCAGGGAGCCCCUCCGAUCUUUGCAGUUACUUCUUCCUGGGUUCCUGGUACGUCUCAUUCCCACCUUGUCUUGACCUACUGAAGAGCUGGGGACUGAGGGCCGCCCUCACUCUCCUGUAUCCACUUUCUCCAGCCCCAUUGGGGACUGAAGACCGAAACUCUGGCUUCCUUCCUUCCUUCCAUCCCAGCCUGUUUCCAUGUAGCAGACCCUUCCUGGGGGAGCAAGGAAGGGAAGCCACAGAUCGCAAACCCAGGGCCUCAUUUUUCAUUCUUUCUGAAACCUUUAUAUCCUCAGCCCAAGAGGCAGUGUUCCCCCGCGACCUCCAAGCCUGGAAUCGUGCAUAGCCUGGGUCUUGUAUCUUUGUAUAACGGAUGUUAUUUGUACGAAGGGCAGUUCGUAAACAGCACUUGUUCUUUUAAUAAAAGAAUGUUUUACUAAGAAAAAAAAAAAAUCCAAAGAGA